GCCAUUUUCUUGUCAACCACAAGCAGAAGAGGGAGUUCUGGUCCAUUGCUCCAUAUACAGCCUGCCAGCCUUUCUACCAUGUGGAAGCUGUUGAUCUUGGUUCAAUGCACUGCACUGAUUGUAAGCACUUUGGGGCAGGGAUCUCCAUUAAGGCCUGAGGAGACAUGGAAACCUCUGGACAACCCCAGAAACAGGGAUCUGUUUUUCAGAACCCUCAAGGCUUAUUUUUCUGGGAGAAGGUUUGAUCUCAAAAAGUUUCCAAAUACUUUCUCAGUGAACAAUGAUAAACUACAACCAAUCACUUUCUACUCGGAUCCUGUCGCUUCUGCAUUUGUAGAUAAUGAAGAGAAGAAAAACUCUUUUACAAAUUAUCUUAAAGGAUGA